CUGUUUAGCUGGUACUUAAACCCCGGAGGCUACAGGACCGGUGUUCUUGGUCAGUUGGCUCGUAAUAUUCUCUAUCGGUACGGUGUGUACGAGUACAGCCUACCAAAGUGGGAAUAUUAAUAUGGAGAGAGUCAAGCGGUUUUUAUCACCGUUACUGGUGGUACUUUUGUGGGUUGGCGUGUCUUCAGGACAAGACAUAUGCAGCACACCCGAGUACACAGCACCCUCAGGGAACAUCACAUCACCAAACUACCCGGCUGACUACACCAACCGUCUGGACUGUACGGCCCUUAUCAGAGUACCCGGAGCUUCAGGAUAUCGGUUAUUUUUCGAAGAUUUUGAAGUAGAAGAUCAGGACGGCAGCUCGUGUAAGGAUGUCCUGGAGGUGGGCGCGAGCGACACCUAUCCGCUCAACCCGGUACUGACGAACCUGUGCGGCAACAUCACCAUACCGACAACCACGGUGUCCGGUCCUGUUGCCUGGCUCAACUUCUUCACCGACAGGAAUGUCGUCAGGAGAGGCUUCUUCCUCAGAUAUGAGACCUUGGCUGCGCCCACCCCGGCGCCGGAAUGCACGCAGUUCGGCGGUGUGGACCUGGUGUUUCUGCUGGACGGAUCCGCCAGUGUCGGCGCCUCCAACUUCGAACUGGUCAAGGACUUCACCCAGCAAACCGCCGCAAAGUUCAACAUAUCAGAUGGAAGCACGAGAGUUGCAGUGGCCCAGUACAGCAGUACACCUCAGGUUGAGUUCAACCUGAACACAAACUCAGAUGUGGACACACUGUCAAAUGCUAUUGAGCAGAUCACCUACAUGAAUGGUGACUCAACCUUCACUGGUUUUGCCAUCGAGUUUGUUCGCCAGAGUGCCUUCUCGAGUUUCAACGGUGCCCGCGAUGACAAGCCAGACAUUAUGGUUGUUGUAACCGACGGUCAAUCAGCUGAUUCUGUGACAUCCUCUGCUGCCACUGCAAGGGAGCAGGGUGUGACGAUGUUUGCAGUGGGAGUGGGGACCGGUGUAGGUCUGUCAGAGUUGCAGGACAUCGCUGGAUACACUGACAGGGUGCUGCAACUGAACGACUUUGUCCAACUGGCCCAGUCUGCUGACACCAUCCAGUCCACCCUCUGUGGAUUGGCUUACUGUGGUGAUCCUGGUGCUCCGGUUAACGGUUAUCGGCGUGGAUCAUUCUUCGAGGGAACCACCAUCACCUUCGGAUGCAAUGACGGUUAUCUCCUGGUGGGCUCUACCAAUGCCACCUGUAGGGGGGAUGGCACAUGGAGCCAUCCACUUCCUACCUGCAUAACUCCCUGUAACCCCAACCCCUGCCUGAACAAUGGUGUGUGCCUGGCAUCUGGGAACUCCUACACCUGUGCCUGUACCAGUAACUACCAGGGGGAGAACUGCCAAUAUUAUACCCCCUGCCUGGUCCGUAACCCAGAAUUUGACCUUAUCUUCCUGUUGGAUGAGUCCGGCAGCAUUGGUACUGACAACUUCAAGCUCGUCAAGUCCUUCACCGAGCGGAUGGCCAACAACUUUGACAUCUCCCCUAACGGCACCAGGGUGGGUGUGGUGCAGUACAGCAACUUCCCAGGCACCGAGUUCAGUCUCAACACCUUCACAGACAAAGCUGCUGUGCUCGACGCUAUCAGUAAGAUUGACUAUAACGGCGGAUCAACCUUUACUGGUGCUGCCAUUGACUUUGUACGCAACAACGAGUUCACGUCAGUGAAUGGAGACCGCGAUGAUGUCCCAAACAUCCUGAUCGUGAUCACCGAUGGGAACCCUAAUGACGAUGUGAGUGGACCAGCCAUCUCCGCAAACAACGCGGGAAUCACGACGUACGCUGUUGGUAUCGGAAGCAACGUAGAUCAGGCCAAUCUUGUGCAGAUGACGGCUGGAAGGCCGGGGCGAGUGUUGCAGGCAGUAGACUUCACGGACCUGACAACUGUCUUAGGGACACUGCAGGAGAACGUGUGUGAUGCUGUGUACUGUGGUGACCCCGGCACACCCACCAACGGUUUCCAAGUUGGGACGUACUUUGAGAACGACUUGGUGACCUGGGGAUGUAACCUGGGAUACCAGCUGGUGGGUGCCGUGAGUUCCGUGUGUCAGGGUAACGGGGCCUGGACCAACGCUGUACCUACAUGUGUGGCUACUACUACUCCUGCACCUACCGCUGCUCCAGUAUGUAGCAACCUGGCCUACCCUGGUGCCGACCUGGUGUUCCUUCUGGAUGGCUCUGGAAGUAUCGGCACUGACAACUUCCAGUUAGUGAAGGCCUUCACAAAGGAGGUGAUCAGGAACUUUGCCAUCUCUCCUACUGCAACCAGGGUGGGGUUACUACAGUAUAGUGACACCAUAGAUAAUGAGUUCUUCAUGAACGAGUUCAACACCAGGGAUGAGUUGUACACUGCAGUGGACAAUGUUGUCUACAAGACAGGUGGAACCUUCACUGGGUUUGCGGUGGAGUUUACACGACAGAUUGCCUUCAGAACCUCUGCGGGAACACGCGACAACUACCCCGACAUCCUGAUUGUCGUAACCGACGGCAACUCCGAGGAUGUCGUGACAAGUGCUGUGGCAUCCGCCAUUGACCAGGGCAUUCUGAUCUACGCUGUUGGCGUGGGAAAUAACGUUGAUUUUGCCUCAUUGCUGGAGUUGACAGGAGGGGUGAACUCUCGCGUUCUCCAAGUGUCGGACUUCACCGGACUGACUACUGCUGCACAGACUUUACCUACAGUGCUGUGUGCUGCUGCCUACUGUGGAGACCCUGGCGCCCCCACCAACGGGUACCGACGUGGUACGUUCUUCGUGGACAGCGUGGUGACGUUUGGUUGCAAUGAUGGAUACCUCCUCCAGGGGUCCUCGAAUACCAGCUGCUUAGGUACAGGCCAGUGGAGCGACCCUGUGCCUGUUUGUCUUGACCGGUGUGACCCCAACCCCUGCUUCCACAGAGCUGCAUGUUCCGUCCAGGGAUCAUCCUUCGUCUGUAUCUGCCCACCCAACUACGAGGGAGAACUUUGCCAAUUCUACACCCCCUGCUUGAACCGCUCGGUGGAGUUUGACCUUGUGUUCCUGGUGGACAAGUCUUCCUCCGUUGGACCUGCCAACUUCGAGCUUGUGAAGGAAUUCAUGUACGACUUCACCAACACCUUCAGCGUGGGUCUGUCAGACACCAGGGUCGGUGCCGUGCAGUUUGCCGACGCCCAGACCAAGGAUUUUGACAUGGACACCUUUGCUACCAAGGAGCAGACCCUGGCUGGGAUUCAGAAUAUAGUCUACACCGACAAUCAAGUGGGUAAUGUGACUACUGGAGCAGCCAUUGACUUUGUCCGUCAGAACUCGUACACACGCGGGAACGGUGACCGCACCAGCGUGCCUGAUCUGCUGGUUGUCGUCACGUCCUCUGCUUCGACAGAUGACGUGGCCAGUGCACAAGAGACAGCUGAAAAAGAAGGAAUCACCAUCUACACAGUGGGAGUGACAAACAGCGUCAGUUUUGCCGAGCUGACGUCCACAGCAGGGUCGUUCUCGCGUGUACUGCGGGCCAACGACUUCAGUGACCUGAGCGCAAUCAGACAACCUCUUCAUGAGACCAUCUGUCAAGCGGCCUUCUGUGGCGACCCUGGCACCCCAGCUAACGGUUUCCAGCAGGGAACCUACUUCGAGGGAAACACUGUCACCUUUGGCUGUAACUUUGGUUUCCUUCUCUCUGGGACUGACAACACCCAAUGUCAGUCCGACGGGUCCUGGAGCAACCCUCUGCCUGUUUGUAUCGCGAUCACCACACCAGCACCCACCCAGGCCCCAGCCUGUAACGACUUUCCGCUCUUUAACGGUACGGACCUCGUCUUCCUGUUGGAUGGCUCCGGCAGUGUGGGUUCCGUCAACUUUGACCUGGUCAAAACCUUCACCAAGAAUGUCGUACAAAACUUUGACAUCUCCGAGACUGCUACGAGGGUUGCCGUGGUGCAGUACAGUGACCAGUUCAGCACUGAGUUUUCUCUGAACGCAUUCUCUACCAAAAAUGAGGUCUACAAUGCCAUUGACAACAUCAGCUACCUAACUGGAGGGACCUUCACUGGAUUCGCCAUAGACUUCGUCAUGCAGAGCGUCUUCACGUCCAUCUCUGGCGAACGCGAUGGUUACCCCGACCUUCUUGUUGUGAUCACCGACGGGUUGUCUACAGACGACGUCUCCGGUCCUGCGGCCACUGCCAGGGCCCAGGGAGUCACGAUUUACGCCGUCGGUGUCGGUAGUGACAUUGACUUUAACACUCUGGAACAGAUAGCAGGGUUGACCUCCAGAGUGAGUCAAGUCAGCGACUUCUCCAGCCUGGUGACUCUCUCCCAGACACUGCCGCAGGACAUCUGCACAGCUUGCUACUGUGGGAACCCCGGUGCACCAGUCAACGGGUACACACGUGGAGGGUUCUUUGGAGGCAGCACAGUUACGUUUGGCUGUAAUGAUGGGUACUUGCUUCAGGGUGCAAGCUCUGCGGUCUGUCAGGCUGACUGUACCUGGUCUGCAGUGCCCCCUGUCUGUACUGAUGUGUGUGACCCUAACCCUUGCCUGAACGGAGGCACCUGCCAGGCUGUGGCCUUCACCAGCAGCUGCACCUGUCCACCCAUGUACGAAGGAGACGUCUGCCAGAGAUAUUCUCCUUGCUACAACAGGAACAUUGAGCUGGACCUGGUGUUCCUGCUUGACGGAUCUGGAAGCGUCACCACUGCCAACUUUGACAUCGUGAAGGAGUUCACACGCCGUCUUGCCAACAAUUUUGACAUCAGUUUGGCGGACACCAGGGUCGGAGUUGUCCAGUACAGUGACUCUCCUACCUCCGAGAUCAACUUGAACUCUUUCAAUACUAAUGAGCUUGUGGACUUGGCCAUCAGAAAUAUCCAAUAUCAGCAGGGUGGAACAAACACCGGUCAAGCGAUCGACUUUGUCCGUGUCAACAGCUUCAGUGCCAACAACGGCGACCGAAGCAAUGUUCCUAACGUCAUGAUCGUGGUGACUGAUGGGCAGUCCUCUGACGACGUCGUGGGCCCGGCCCAAACUGCUCGUAAUGCCGGCAUCUCCAUGUACGCUGUUGGUAUCGGUAACGGCGUGGACACCAAUGAGCUGCUACAGAUUGCAGGACAGGCUGACAGGGUGGUGCAGAGUGCCGAUUUCUCCACACUCUUCAGUGUUGGGGAAAAUCUGCAGGAACUGGUGUGUGAUGCUGGAUGGUGUGGAGACCCUGGUGUUCCAGUGAACGGUUUUAGGCUUGGUUCCUAUUUUGAGGGCCAUGUGGUGACUUUUGGCUGUAAUGCUGGGUUCAUCCUAAAUGGAGCAUCCUCAACGAUAUGCCAGGGGGAUGGAAGCUGGAGUAAUGCUGUUCCUGUCUGUGUUGCUAUCACCACCCCCUCCCCCACACGUGCACCUGUCUGCACUGACCUCUCCUUCGGUGGGCUGGACUUGGUCUUCCUGCUGGACGGGUCUGGCAGUGUGACCGCUGUCAACUUUGACCUGGUCAAGGACUUUGCCAGCGGAGUGGUCAGCGAGUUCCAGAUCUCCACAACUGAAACAAGGGUUGGAGUUGUACAGUUCAGCGACACCUUACGCACAGAGUUCUUCAUGUCCUCCUUCUCCACCAAGCAACAAGUUCUCCAAGCCAUCUCAGAUAUAGAUUACAUCCAAGGCAACACCCUUACCGGUGCUGCCAUAACCUUCGCAACAGCCAGCUCUUUCUCCACCCCUGCCGGAAACCGCGCAAACUUCCCCGAUUUCAUGAUCGUGGUGACGGACGGUUUGUCGCAGGACUCCGUCGUGCAGCCUGCACAGAGUGCUCGCGAUCAGGGAAUCACGAUUUUUGCGGUCGGUGUGGGGAAUGAGGUUGAUUUCACCACCCUGCUGCAGAUUACCGGCGUCCCAGAGUAUAUACUUCAGGUGACGGACUUCUCAGACUUGCUCGCUGCUCAGCUACAAGUGGCAGAGAUCGCCUGCAACUUGACCUACUGUGGGGAACCAGGCACCCCUGUCAAUGGCUUCCACCGAGGCGGCUACUUUGAAGGGAGCGUUGUGACCUACGGCUGCAAUGAUGGCUUCCUCCUCCAGGGGGCGUCAUCCACCACCUGUCUGGGGAAUGGACAGUGGAGCGACCCAGUUCCUAUCUGUCUGCUGCCAACCACCACCCCAGCCCCAACAACUCCAAUGCCAGAUCCAGUUUGUGUGAAUUUCACCCCAGUGGACAUGGUAUUCCUGUUGGACGGUUCUGGUAGUGUAACACAGCCCAACUUUGAGCUGGUGAAGCAGUUCACGCAGAAUGUGGUCGUGAACUUCAACAUCUCGUCUGCUACCACUCGUGUUGGGCUGGUACAGUACAGCGACACCAUCCGCACUGAGUUCUUCUUGAACAGCCACCCAUCACGUGACCAGGUAUUGGACAAUGGCAUUGCCAUCUAUGCAGUAGGCAUUGGCAGUGAGGUAGACUUUGCCACCCUGUUGGACAUCGCCGGACUCCAGUCCAGAGUCCUGCAGAUCAAUGACUUCAGCUCACUGCUGGAUGCAGAGGAGCAGCUGACGGAAAUCGUCUGUAACAUUUCCUACUGUGGUGAUCCUGGAGCACCAGUGAAUGGUUUCCGCAACGGGAACUUCUUCCAGGGCAGUAUGGUCACCUGGGGCUGCAACAAUGGCUACUACCUCAUGGGGGCGCCAAAUGCAACAUGUCUGGGCAAUGGGCAAUGGAGUGAUCCCGUGCCUAUGUGUAUGGAGAUCAUCACAACACCAGCACCAGCUGAAAUAUGCGAGAACUUCACCCCUGUGGACUUGGUUUUCCUGCUUGACGGCUCCGGUAGCGUUACAGAAGCCAACUUCGAACUGGUGAAAGAUUUCACCCAGGAUGUCAUCAGAAGCUUCAACGUGUCGACCUCAGCCACGAGAGUCGGCGUGGUCCAGUUUAGUGACACCGUCCGCACAGAGUUCUUCCUCAACACCUUCCAGACAAAGAGUCAGGUGCUUCAAGCAGUCGACGGCCUGGGUUACCUUCAAGGAAACACGCUUACCGGUGCAGCCAUUGACUUUGUGAGGACAAGCACCUUCUCUACGCCAGCCGGUAACCGGGCAGGACAGCCUGAUUUCCUCAUCGUGGUCACCGAUGGUCUUUCACAGGACAAUGUCGCCAUCCCUGCACAGACUGCACGCAACAACGGCAUCUCCAUCUUUGCCGUGGGCAUCGGAAGCGAAGUGGACGCUGACACCUUGCUGCAGAUUGCCGGAACUCCUUCAAGGACCUUGCAGAUUAACGAUUUUGCUGGGCUCGUCAAUGCUGAGGAGCAAUUAGCAAGUAUUGUCUGCAACAUUUCCUUCUGUGGCGACCCUGGCACUCCUGCUAAUGGUUUCCGACUUGGAGAGUUCUUCACUGGCAGUACUGUCACUUUUGGGUGCAAUGCCGGCUUCAACCUCCAGGGGGAUACAAACACGCUAUGUCUUGAAAAUGGGCAGUGGAGCAACCCUGUCCCUGUGUGUGUAGCCAUCACAACAACGCCACCUGCUACCACCCCCACCCCCGCCCCCUCGUGCAGCAGCAUCACACCUGUUGACCUGGUCUUUCUGCUGGACGGCUCCAGCAGCAUCACAUCACCCAACUUCCAGAUUGUCAAGGACUUCACUGCUGACGUGGUGAGAACCUUCAACGUGUCGUCUGCUGCCACCAACGUUGGGCUGGUCCAGUACAGCGACACCAUCCGUACAGAGUUCUUCUUGAACAGCUUCGACACCAAGUCUGAAGUCCUGAACGCGAUAGGAAACAUCGGGUACCUCCAGGGCAACACUCGCACUGGCGCCGCCAUCGACUUUGUCCGUAUCAGCUCGUUCUCAGUGCCAGCUGGAAAUCGCGGCAAUCAGCCGGACUACCUGAUUGUCGUAACGGACGGUUUGUCUCAGGACGAUGUUGUUGUCCCAGCCCAGACUGCACGGAAUGACGGCAUCAGUAUCUUUGCAGUAGGCAUCGGGAGUGAAAUAGACUUUGCCACCCUGCUGAACAUUGCUGGGUCUCCCAACAGAAUUCUGCAGAUCAACGACUUUGCUGGACUGGCUAACGCUCAGGAGCAGCUGACUGACAUCGUUUGCAACUUGACGUGCUGUGGUGAUCCGGGUGCACCAGUGAAUGGUUUCCGUCGUGGCAGCUUCUGUCUGGGAGACACUGUGGAGUUUGGCUGCAAUGAUGGUUACAUCCUCCAGGGGGCGACAUCUGCCAGCUGUCAGGGCGACGGCCAAUGGGACGAUGUCCUGCCCAUCUGUGUUGCCGUCACCACCCCAGAGCCGAUCACCCCCACCCCCACCCCCGCCCCCUCAUGCAGCAGCAUCACCCCUGUUGACCUGGUCUUCCUGCUGGACGGCUCCAGCAGCAUCACAUCACCCAACUUCCAGAUUGUCAAGGACUUCACUGCUGACGUGGUGAGAACCUUCAACGUGUCGUCUGCUGCCACCAACGUUGGGCUGGUCCAGUACAGCGACACCAUCCGUACAGAGUUCUUCUUGAACAGCUUUGACACCAAGUCUGGAGUCCUGAACGCGAUAGGAAACAUCGGGUACCUCCAGGGCAACACUCGCACUGGCGCCGCCAUCGACUUUGUCCGUAUCAGCUCGUUCUCAGUGCCAGUGACGUGCUGUGGUGAUCCGGGCGCACCUGAGAACGGUUUCCGUCGUGGCAGCUUCUGUCUGGGAGACACUGUGGAGUUUGGCUGCAAUGAUGGUUACAUCCUCCAGGGGGCAACAUCUGCCAGCUGUCAGGGUGACGGCCAAUGGGACGAUGUCCUUCCCAUCUGCGUUGCCGUGACCACCCCAGAGCCGAUCACCCCCACCCCCGCCCCCUCAUGCAGCAGCAUCACCCCUGUUGACCUGGUCUUCCUGCUGGACGGCUCCAGCAGCAUCACAUCACCCAACUUCCAGAUUGUCAAGGACUUCACUGCUGACGUGGUGAGAACCUUCAACGUGUCGUCUGCUGCCACCAACGUUGGGCUGGUCCAGUACAGCGACACCAUCCGUACAGAGUUCUUCUUGAACAGCUUCGACACCAAGUCUGAAGUCCUGAACGCGAUCGGAAACAUCGGGUACCUCCAGGGCAACACUCGCACGGGCGCCGCCAUUGACUUUGUCCGUAUCAGCUCGUUCUCAGUGCCAGCUGGAAAUCGCGGCAAUCAGCCGGAUUACCUGAUUGUCGUAACGGACGGUUUGUCUCAGGACGAGGUUCUUGGCCCUGCGCAGACUGCACGGUUUGAAGGAAUCAAUAUUUUCGCAGUGGGCAUUGGGAACGAAGUCGACUUUACCACACUCCUGCACAUUGCUGGGUCUCCCAACAGAGUUCUGCAGAUCAAUGACUUUGCUGGGCUGGCUAGUGCAACAGGGCAACUGACCGACAUUGUUUGCAACUUGACAUGCUGUGGUGAUCCGGGUGCACCUGAGAACGGUUUCCGUCGUGGCAGCUUCUGUCUGGGAGACACUGUGGAGUUUGGCUGCAAUGAUGGUUACAUCCUCCAGGGGGCGACAUCGGCCAGUUGUCAGGGCGACGGCCAAUGGGAUGAUGUCCUGCCCAUCUGUAUUGAGAUGACAACAGUCAAUGCCCCUACCCUGCCUGGUACAACAACCCUACUAACAACCCAAGCAGUGACAACAGCAACUCCAAUCCCUGAAACCCUUCCUGAAACUACAACUCCUCAGACAGCCAGGCCAGCCCUCACGACUCCUCAACUAUCAACCACCGAGGAGGUAAUUACAACAGUAGUGAUGUCUACCAGUCCCUUCCCAUCAACCACAGUGAGCACAACAAUGGCGACGACUGUGGAUCCAUUGUGCUCUGGCUUUGCCUUGGACUUGGUCUUCCUUGUGGACGGAUCCAGCAGUGUUGGCAGCGACAACUUCGAAACCAUCAAGGUGUUCCUGGAGGCCAUCACUGCAGGGUUCGAGGUCUCCUCCACCCAGACCAGGGUCGGCGUGGUCCAGUACAGCACGGGUAUCAACACAGAGUUUGACCUGAACAGCUUCGCUACAGAGGCAGAGGUCAUCAACGCUAUCCGUGGUCUCAGCCACCAGCGAGGGUCGACCUUCACUGGGGCAGGCAUUACCUUCACCAGGCUGGAAUCUUUCACAGGUUCCAGUGGCGACCGACCAGACGCACCCAACGUCCUAAUUGUCAUCACCGAUGGAAUAUCAGCUGAUUCCGUUGACGCCCCAGCAGAAGCGGCCCGUGCUGACAACGUCACCACCUACUCCAUCGGUAUCGGGGACGAGAUCAACUACCUGACGCUGCUUUCCAUCGCUGGCGUGCGGGAACGGGUAUUGAAUGUCACCACGUUCAGUGACCUGAACGAUCUGGAUGAAGUUUUGCUCCAGAUCCUCUGUGAACGACCAACUACUACUCCACUACCCACAACCACGCCACUGCCAACAACAGAACUGAUAACCACAGAAGAAGCUACAACUAUGCUUCUUACAACAGUUGAGCCCUGUGAGCGUCUGGAGAUAGAUGUGAUCUUCCUCAUCGACGGCUCCAGCAGUAUCUCUCUCCUUAACUUUGACCUCCUGAAGACCUUCCUCCAGAACAUCACCAUGAAGUUUGACGUGUCCUCUGACAUAACCAGGAUCGGCGUCGUGCAGUACAGCACUGACGUCAAUACCGAGUUUGAGCUGAAAACCUACGCCACGGAGGCAGAAGUCAUCCAUGCCAUCAGCAACAUUACGCGCCAGAGAGGGUCCACCUUCAUCGGUGCUGGAAUCAACUUUGUCAGGACAAACUCAUUUACAGUUGCCGCGGGUGAUCGACCUCUGGCUCCAAACAUCCUGGUCACCAUAACAGACGGAAUCUCUGCAGACAAUGUUGCCGGCCCGGCGCAGGCUGCUCGUAACCAGGGCAUUCUGACCUACUCCAUCGGGAUUGGAGAGGAGAUCCAAUGGCCAACCCUGCUGUCCAUCGCAGGGGCGAGGCACAGGGUCUUCAACGUGACCUCAUUUAGUGAGCUGCCAGGCAUUGAGGGCAGCCUGACAGCCCUCUUGUGUGAAGUGACCCCAUUUACACCUGGCCCAACAACUACAGUCCUGCCCACAACUCCAUUCUUCCCUCUGUGUAACAAUCUGCCGUACCCCGGGGCUGACCUGGUGUUCCUGUUGGAUGGUUCUGCCAGCAUCACAUCGCCAAACUUUGAACUGGUCAAGGACUUUGCUGAGAGGGUGGCCAGACACUUCACUAUCUCUUCAACGGCCACAAAUGUAGGCGCUGUCCAGUACAGCGACACCGUGCGGAGCGAGUUCUUCCUCAGCAGUUUUGACACUGAUUUCGAAGUGGUCCGUGCCCUGGACGGCAUCAGCUACCUCGCCGGCGGAACCUUCACCGGCUUCGCCCUGGACUUUGUCCAGCAGAGCGCAUUCUCUCCGGUAGCGGGUGCACGUGACGGUUACCCGGACAUUCUCGUGGUGGUCACCGACGGGGUUUCCCAAGACGACGUGGUCGCGCCAGCAGAGUCGGCGAGGAAGGAAGGAAUUUCGGUUUUCGCUGUUGGUAUUGGGAGUGCUGUAGAUUACGCUACACUGCUUCAGAUUGCAGGGAUUGAUGGACGGAUUCUCCAGAUCAACAACUUUGUGGACUUGGCAUCGGCUUCUCAGACACUACCGGACUAUAUCUGCAACUUGGCAUGGUGUGGCAACCCUGGUACUCCCACAAACGGUUACACGAGGGGAAGCUUCCUUCAAGGCAGCGUAGUCCUGUUUGGCUGUGAUGAUGGCUAUGAUCUGAUUGGAUCAGUGAACAGCACAUGUUUGGCCAAUGGGCAAUGGAGCGAUCCAUUGCCAACCUGUAGAGCAAUAAUAACAACUCCACCUCCAGACUGUUGUGAUAUCACGGUGUGCUACAAUGGUGGUGUCUGUGACAACAGCAAUGGUGUAUGCAGCUGUGUGUGUCAGGCAGGCUACCAGGGACCACAGUGCCAGUACUAUGCAAGUUGCCAGGGCCGUGACGUUCCUCUGGAUAUUGUGUUCUUGUUGGACGGGUCAGGCAGCGUCGGGUCGGCCAACUUUGACCUUGUGAAGGACUUCACCAGGACGCUGGCCCGCAACUUCGACAUCGCUGCGAACAUGACACAGAUCGGUGUUGUUCAGUACAGCGACACUGUGAACAGGGAGUUUGGGCUGGGUGACUUCCACAACAGGCAAGAUGUCUUGAAUGCUAUCAGUGCCGUCAGCUACCAGCAAGGUGGAACCCUCACAGGAGCCGCCAUCGACUUUGUUCGACAGACGUCCUUCACCACAGGUGACGGCGAUCGUCCCGACGUCCCGAAUAUGCUAAUCGUCGUCACCGACGGGGUCUCCGCCGACAGCGUGCAAGGGCCGGCGGAUGCAGCCAGGAGGGAAGGCAUCACCACAUUUGGUGUAGGAAUAGGAAAUGGAAUCGACUUUGGAACCCUACUGGAGAUUGCUGGGGACUCUGCCCGGGUCCUGCAAGCCGAUGACUUUGGUGCUCUUGCUACCGUCGCCCAGAGGUUACAAGAAGUUGUAUGCGACUUGGAAUACUGUGGUGAUCCUGGUGCCCCUCUGAAUGGUUGGCGAUACGGAAACUUCUUUGAGGGUGGUAGUGUUGAAUGGGGCUGUAAUGCAGGUUACUUCCUGUCUGGCAGUGUUGGCGCCACUUGUACCAACGGCACCUGGGACAACAGUGUACCUAUGUGCAUAGCGAUAACAACUACACCCCCUCCUACCACCCCACGUGCCCCUGUGUGUGCAAACUUCCCCUAUGGUGGGCUGGACCUGGUCUUCCUUCUGGACGGCUCCGGUAGUGUCGGCACCACCAACUUCGAGCUGGUGAAGGACUUCACAUCCGAGGUUGUGCUGAACUUCAACAUCUCUGCAGACACCACAAAUGUCGGCGUCGUGCAGUACAGCGACACCGUACGCAACGAGUUCUUCCUCAGCAGCUACGACACGAAACUGCCCCUCAUCGACGCGAUCAAUCAAAUCAGCUAUCUAACCGGCGGCACUUUGACAGGGUUUGCCAUCGACUACGUCCGUCAGAGCAGCUUUUCCCGCCCCGCCGGUGCACGUAACACAUUCCCUGAUGUCUUGGUCGUGUUAACAGAUGGCCAGUCACAGGAUGAUGUGGUCAGCUCAGCAGCGGCUGCAAGGAGCCAGGGCAUUACGAUCUUUGCCGUGGGUAUCGGAAGUGAGGUGGACUUCACCACACUCCUGCAGAUCUCUGGCUACCCGUCCAGAAUUCUGCAGAUUCAGGACUUUGCCACUUUGGUGACAGAGGGACGCAGACUUCCUGAAAUCAUCUGCCAAUCGACCUACUGUGGUGACCCCGGUACACCGGUGAAUGGGUACCGCCGUGGUGGGUUCUUUGAGGACAGCGUCGUGACCUUCGGCUGUAACGACGGCUACAUCCUGAUUGGUGAGGCUACCACCACCUGUCUGGGUGAUGGGCAGUGGAGUAACGCAGUUCCUGUCUGCCAGGCAAAUAUUACAACUACUCCAGAUGUGUGUGAGCCCAGCCCCUGUCUGAACGGAGGAACCUGCCAGCCCACAGGAACCACCAGCAGGUGUCUGUGUCCUGCUGGGUACAGCGGAGACUUCUGCCAGUUCUACACCCCUUGCCUGAACCACACCAUUGCACUGGACCUAAUCUUCCUACUUGAUGGCUCUGGAAGCAUCACAGCCCCCAACUUUGAACUGGUGAAAUCCUUUACCUACAGCGUCUCACGAAACUUUGACGUUUCUCCCAAUGCAACAAGGAUUGGUGUUGCACAGUACAGUGACACCAACAGCCUAGAGUUCAACUUGAAUCGGUAUUCAACAAAGGAUGAAGUACUGAAUGCCGUUAACGGCAUAAGCUAUCAGGGUGGUGGCACGUACACGGGAGCGGCGUUAGAUUUUGUACGUCAAACCAUGAUGGUGGAAUCUGCCGGUGACCGUGCCAUGUCGCCCAACAUUCUGGUUGUGGCGACGGAUGGCGAGUCAUCUGAUGACCAGAGAACGCCAGCCGAGGUUCUGCGUAAUGCAGGCACACUCGUCUAUGCUGUCGGUAUUGGUGCAGGCGUGAGCUCGACUACACUACUGGACAUUGCAGGAUACAACUCAAGGGUUCUCCAGGCCACGGACUUUGCGUCUCUUGAAGUGAUUGGCCGGGAACUUCAAGAAUUCAUCUGUAAUGCUGCCUACUGUGGUGAUCCUGGUACUCCUGAGUUUGGCUCCAGGGCUGGGGACUUCUUCGAGGGCAGUGUUGUCACCUUCCAGUGUGACCCCACCUACACCCUUCUCGGGUCGGCGACUACCACCUGUUUUGGCAAUGGCACCUGGUCAGAUCCAGUCCCCAUCUGUGUUUCACCAGACCCCUGCAACAACAGUCCCUGUCUGAAUGGAGGUACCUGCCAGCGGGUUGGCCUGACUUCAGAAUUCACCUGUCUGUGUCCAGAAGGGUACCACGGACCCAUCUGCCAGUUUUAUGCUGCCUGUUCAAACAGAACUCUCAACCUGGACGUUGUCUUCCUCCUCGAUGGUUCUGGGAGUGUGGGAUCAGCGAACUUUGACCUCCUCAAGACCUUCACCACUCGUAUUGCUACCAACUUCGACGUAUCAACCAACCUCACGCGUGUCGGAGUCGUGCAGUACAGCGACCAGGCAAACAGCGAAUUCGUGCUGAACACAUUCUCCACGGAGGCUGAGGUGCUCGCAGCGAUCGCCGCUAUCAGUUACCGGAACGGUGGAACUUCAACUGGCGCUGCUCUCGACUAUGUCAGACAGAAUGUCUUUAUCUCGGCCAGUGGUGAUCGUGCAGAUGCUGCUAACAUCCUGAUCGUCCUGACGGAUGGCGUAUCCAGCGAUGACGUGAGUGUUCCCGCCAUGGCGACCAGGGAUGCGGGCAUCACGAUCUACUCUGUCGGCAUCGGAGAUGGAGUGGACUACAACACCCUGCAGCAGAUUGCAGGGGACCCCAGCAAGGUCCUGCAGGCCACUGGGUUCAGCAGUCUGGAUGACAUCGGGGGUCAGCUGGAAGAGCUUGUUUGUGAUGCUACGUACUGUGGUGAUCCUGGAGCACCAAUCAGUGGUUUCCGUAACGGAAACUUCUUUGAGGGAGGAACCGUGACCUGGGGCUGCUUCAACGGCUUCAACCUUGUGGGCGCCCUGACGGCUGUCUGUUUUGGGAAUGGCUCCUGGAGUGAACCUGUACCAGAGUGCAUGGCAAUAAUUACAAAUACUCCAGCCCCGACCACACCCCCACCACCCGGCUGUGACGAGCUGAGUUUUGGCGGGUGGGAUCUGGUGUUCCUGCUGGAUGGUUCAGGCAGUGUGGGAUCCAACAACUUCCUUAACGUCAAAAACUUCACCAAGCUAAUCACAGACUUGUUCCCUGUCGGGGACAAUGCCACCAAGGUUGGCCUGGUGCAGUUCAGCGACACUAUACAGAAGGAGUUUGACCUGAGGGACUUUGACACAAAGGCAGAGAUUCUGUCAGCCAUCGACAACAUCUCAUACCUUGGUGGUGGUACUUACACUGGGAAUGCCAUUGACUAUGUCAGACAGGUCAGCUUCAACACCAUCAAUGGUAACCGUGGAAGUCACCCCGACAUGCUGAUCGUUCUCACGGACGGAGAGUCCUUCGACCCCGUCACCUUCGCAUCCCAGUCCGCUCGUGACCAGGGCAUCACGAUCUUUGCCAUCGGUGUAGGUACUGGUGUCGACUACGCCACGCUAGAGGAGAUUGCAGGAGACCCACAGAAGGUGCAGCAGGUUACUGACUUUGCUGACCUGACAUCUGUUAAUGUCAUCAACUACCUGGAGGAGUGGCUUUGUAGAGGUGCGUACUGUGGGGACCCUGGUGUGCCAGUGAAUGGCGUGCGUCGUGGAACGUACUUCCAGGGAGGCCAGGUGGACUUUGGCUGUGAUGAUGGGUACACGCUGGCUGGGUCAUCCUCCAUCACCUGCCAGCCGGACGGACAGUGGACUGAUGUUGUUCCUACCUGCUUGUUCAUUGACAACUGUGAUCCCAACCCAUGCCUAAACGGAGCUCAGUGCUUCCAGACAGCUGAUUCCUACCGCUGCACCUGUGCUGAGGGCUACGAGGGAACCAACUGCGAGAUCUAUACUGCACUCAAUGCCCAAACCUUUGAUCUGGUCUUCCUCCUGGAUGGGUCAGGCAGUGUGGGAGCCUCAAGCUUCGACCUGAUGAAGUCUUUUACCAACCGGAUAACAACCAACUUCGACGUUUCACCCACCAGCACCCGGGUCGGUGUUGUACAGUACAGCAGUCAGGGAUCUGUAGCCACAGAGUUCCGACUCGAUUCUUACAGCAACAAAGAUGACGUCAUAGCAGCUGUUAACGGGAUUGUGUACCAAAAUGGCAACACCUACACCGGUGAAGCUCUGAACUACGUACGACAGAAUUCCUUUGCUGUAGCAAAUGGUGGUCGUGCGGAUGUUGCAAACAUCCUCGUUGUCAUCACGGAUGGUCAGUCGGUUGAUGAUGUCACAGGACCGGCUCAGGACUUGCUCAGAGAAGGAGUCACAGUAUAUGCUCUUGGCAUUGGUGAUGGUAUCCAGUACAGUACACUGGAGGCCAUUGCACAGGAUCCAAGUCGAGUACUCCAGGCAAAUACCUUCACCAACCUUAGCAACACUGCCCAAGCUCUACAGGAGUCCCUGGGUGAUGCUAGGUACUGUGGCAGCCCAGGCACCCCUCAGGAUGGCUACACCUAUGGCCUGUUCUUCGAGGGCUCGACUGUUACCUACAGCUGUGAGGUCGGCUUUACCCUGGAUGGGGCUUCAUCUGCACAGUGCAUCAACGGAACCUGGAACAACAGCCCACCAACUUGUAUACCUCCAGACCCAUGUUUGGCUAACCCAUGUUACAACGGAGGCACCUGUGUCCGUACUGGGCUGACAACAGACUUCACCUGCACUUGUCCCAGUGAUUAUACCGGGGACACCUGUCAAUCAUAUACUGCCUGUCAGGGCCGAAGUUUAGAUUUUGACCUGGCACUGCUACUGGAUGGCUCGGGAAGCGUUGGAGCUGACAACUUCAAUCUGGUGAAGCAGUUUGCCAAGAGCUUGGUGGACAACUUCGAGAUCUCCCAGACAGAUACCAAAGUUGGGGUGGUACAGUACAGCAGUUCAAGCAAUGUGGAGUUCUACCUGAAUGCCUUCUCCGCCAAACAAGCUGUCCUUGAUGCUAUUGAUGCUGUAACGUAUCAGCAAGGUGGCACCAACACUGGGGCUGCCAUCACAUACACCAUGCAGGAAAUCUUCGCUUCAGCUAACGGAGCUCGAGCAAUCUACCCGGACGUCCUUAUCGUUGUCACUGACGGGGAGUCGUCGGAUGAUGUGGCCGCGCCGGCGCUGAGCGCCAGAAAUGCGGGCACCCUGAUCUACGCUGUGGGAGUGGGGAAUGGAGUGAACCAGGCGACUCUGCUGCAGAUCGCAGGAAAUGCCGGGCAGGUGCUGCAAGCCGCAGACUUUGCUGGUUUGACAACUGUUGUACAAAGUCUGCAGCAAAACCUCUGUGAUGCUGCUUGUGAAGGUGCUGAUGGAUCAAAUGCUGCCUAUUGUGGUGAUCCUGGAGCCCCAGUGAAUGGCAACAGGGUUGGGAGCUACUUUGUUGGCAACACAGUCACGUUUUCCUGUAGUGCUGGCUAUAUCAUCCAGGGGAGUCCCACAGCCACGUGCCAGAGCAGUGGACAGUGGACCUCAGCUGUGCCAACAUGUGUCGCAAGCGACCCUUGUCCAGCUAACCCCUGUCAGAACGGAGCCACGUGCACCCAGGUCGGCAGCACGACUCAGUACACUUGCACCUGUCCUCAGGGCUACAGCGGAAAUAACUGUCAAGUCUUUUCAGCCUGUACUGACAGAGCCCUUGACGUUGACCUGGUUGUCCUGUUGGAUGGAUCUGGCAGUGUCGGGUCAGACAACUUCAAUCUGCUCAAGGCCUUCACUCAGAACAUUGUGGGCAACUUUGAAAUUGCUGUCAAUAACACAAGGGUUGGAGUGGUCCAGUACAGUGACUUCAACAACAUUGAAUUCAACCUGAAUGCGUAUGCAACGGAGGCAGAAGUCCUGGCUGCCAUUGGCGCUAUUUCGUACCAGCGCGGUGGAACCUUUACCGGGGCAGCCAUCGACUUUGUGCGACAGGACAUCUUCACCACCGCUGCCGGUAACCGUGCCGACAAACCAGACAUCCUCCUGGUACUCACGGACGGAGAGUCAUCUGAUUCCGUGGCUGGACCAGCGCAGAAUACCCUGAAUGCCGGUGUCACGAUCUACGCGGUCGGGAUUGGGAGCGGUGUGAACGCAGACACCCUGCAGGAGAUCGCGGGCGACCCUGUCAGGGUGCUGCAGGCUGCAGACUUCCAGGGUCUUGCAGCCAUCACCAACCAACUGCAGGAGGCACUCUGUACAGCUGUCUACUGCGGAGAUCCGGGCGCACCUGUCAAUGGUAACCAGGCUGGCACCUUCUUCGAGGGAGGGGUUCUGCAGUUCACCUGUAAUCCUGGUUUUGAGGUGGUUGGGGAGGCUUCUGCCACAUGCCAGAGUAGCGGGGAGUGGACCAACCCCGUCCCAAGCUGCACCCCUGGGGCACCCACUGCCCCCACCAGCCAGGGAUUCCCACUUCUUGUCCUUGAUACCACUGCUGGCACUUUUGACCAAGCUGCCUUCAAAGCUGCCAUUGCUGCAAACGCAAACACUUACUGCACCACUGCUGGGAACUGUGCAGCAGGCACCGGCCUGGACUUCACGGCUGACAAUGUUGCAGUCCUCUCCACAACCCCGGCAGAAGGUGGCGGCCUGACGGUGACGUUUGUGGUACAGAACGCUAACGGAGCCUCCAUGUUGACAGACCCGGAGCUGAACGCCAUCCUGACGCAGUACGAAUCUGCGAUCGAGACGCAAGGAAACUUUGAAUACUCCAUGGGUGAACAGGCAACCACACCCACCAUAAUAGCUGAAGGCAGGACUUCAGGACUGGACCAGACGGAGUUAGUCAUCAUCAUCGUGGCUGCAGUCUUUGGCUUUGUCUGCAUCUGUAUCUCAGCCUACGCCAUAUUUAGGUCUUUUGGUCAACAGAAGAGGAAAGUAAAACUGAAUAAUGGACCAAAGGAAGAUGUGUACAGCAGUGUAAUAAAGAACCGAGCCAGCUCAGCGUACGACUCAGAAAAUGGCCACGAGAACACGGCUUUUAUGGAAAUGAACGGUGACGGUGCAGAAGCAAGGCCUCCCAAGGAUUCUGUAACACAGCUAUAGGAUUAGUGACACUGUAUUGUACUUAAGUCUUAUUGUCUCAGAUGUGUCUUAGAAGCCGCCAGUGGUAUCAGUUAAGGAAACUAUAUACGAUUAUAUUUAUUCGUUGCCAACUGCUGAAGGUGCGUAUGUAACCAGUGUGGAGAUAAAAUUUAAAAAAUGACUAUGAUGGAUAUAUUUUUGUCACGAUCAUAGUUUUUAAUACUAUGCAAGUUCAGUGUUAGUUAACAUUAUAUACUUUGGAUGUUGUAACAUGAAAUACCUCAUCAUGAAUACAGACUUUGGAUGUUGUAAAGAUGAAAUACCUCAUUGAAUGUUGCUCUGAAGCACCUACAUGCUAGUAAUAGUUGAUUAUUAGUUAUCUUGACACCGGAAAAUACACACACAAGUGAAAGAUGAAAGGGGACGACACUUAAAGAAAUGUUUGAUGUAAAAAUCAUGAAGCACUAAUCAGAAAACACUUGUUCUUGAUACAGUACUCAGUUUGGUAAUUUCACUCAUGUCAUUAGCAUGACUAGUACUGUGCACACGUUUAUGAUGUCACAGUAUGUGCACAGGAUUCAGUGAUGUCAUUGUGUUGGUUUACAAGAUUCAGUAAUGAAUGAUUUACAUCUCUGUUCUAUUUUUAUAUCUGACCCUUACCUCAAUCAUUACCUCAACAAAAAGCGACCUGCGGGCUGAUUUGAGCUUCUCAUUGAUAUAUAAAGGUUCAAACAAACAAACAUGUUAAUACAUAAAAUGACUGGAUUAAUAAAUAACUGGCAAAAGUUGGGUUGAAAGAUUGUUUGCAUCCUAUGGUAUGAUAAGCACAUUCAAUGUGUCAGAACAUUGAUUUAUUUAGCAAAAUGAGAAAAUAUCGCUAAAGUCUAAUGAAUUUGUGAUGAAAUUUAAGAUUUGCUGUAACACUUUAAGGUAAGUACUUAAAACAAUUAUACCAACCUGUGUUGAGGCACAGUUAUGAGUCUAUAUAGAAUAUAGAGUAUUUGUCAAAAGAUACGUAAGAAAGUCUCAGUACUAAGUAUUAAUCAUUUUGAAUUUAGAUUUUGUAGCAUAGAAAUAUCUUCUCUAUGUGCAAAUGUUGGCCUUUAAUUGUUUAGAUGUCAAUGCUGUUCUGAGGUUGUAUUUAUUCUAGCAUUUAUAUAUCACUUUGGAAACGUUUCAAGACAAGAAAUAAAGAUGGGCACCUUUUAAUCACAAAGU